AUGAGGAACUCCAACUGCACCAAUUCUGUCUUCCGGAUACCACCCACAGUCCAAUGGUCAAACGGAGCGCAUGAACCAAGAUUUGGAGGCAGCUCUGCGCUGCGUUUGCCUCCAUCGCCCCUCCUCGUGGUCGGCCCACCUGCCUUGGGUGGUCAGGUGGAACUCCCUUCCAUACAGCUGCAUCUACGACGGGACCAUCGCGUAUGGAAGGAGACCAGAGCAGCACUGUCACGCACGGCUCAGCGGAACCGGCAGAUCGCUGACCGUCGCCGACGCCCAGCACCCAGCUAUCAGGUGGGACAGAAAGUGUGGCUGGCAACUAAGGAUCUACGACUAGCAGGUACAUCUCGCAAGUUGGGGCCACGCUUCACUGGACCGUUCGAGGUGGAAUCGGUCCUCAGCCCCGUCUCCGUCAAGCUCCGACUGCCGCCCACCAUGAAGGUCCACCCCGUGUUCCAUGUUUCCCUGUUGAAGCCGGUGGCCACCAGUCGCCUGGCUCCUCCGCCCACGUCGCCGCCUCCUCCACAAAUCGUCGACGGUGAACCAGUGUACACCGUGUGUGAAAUCUUGGACUCUCGGCGCAGGGGUAGGGGUUUUCAGUAUUUGGUUGACUGGGAAGGCUACGGCCCAGAGGAUCGGCAGUGGGUCCCCGGCUCCUGGAUCUUAGACCUGUCCCUGCUUCGGGCUUUCCAUGCAGCGCACCCGUCGAAGCCGGGUGGUCCGCCAGGAGGCCUUCAGAUCUUCAAUCUAACGCUCUCCCGACUGAGCUAUUUCAGCCUCUUGUGGAGUUAA